GCUGCGCAUGCGUACGCGUCGGCACCAGUUUUAAAUUUAGACGCGUCGCCGGAAUUUCGCUGUCCUAUUUUAUUUCCGAUUCGCCGCAAACGGCACAAUUUAACCUCCAAUGUUUUUGUUUAUUCUGAAAUAUUACAACUUAGUUAAUUAUUGAAACUUGUGAUGGUUUUCCGUGCUGUGCAGUGAAAUGAGGAUAAUUUGUGGGGGCGUAUGUGGACCACUCGUUAAAUUAAAUCUAACAAAGUGACAAUAUGUUCGGUGCACCGAUAAUUACAAUAUUAUUGUGGAAACACGUUUUAGUAGAAAGUAUUCGCAUAAAAGAGCUCCAGGUGCCGGGCAUCGCGGCGGAAGGCAGGCAGGCGCUACUGGGCUGCCAGUUCGAUCUCGAAGGUGAUGACCUAUAUUCCGUCAAGUGGUACAAAGACGGCAGAGAGUUCUAUCGAUAUGUGCCUUCGAAUGACGAGGCCAUCACUUACUUCACUAUGCCUGGAGUAUUUGUUGAUGUGACACAUUCAUCAAGCACGAUGGUCGCCCUGGAGCACCUAACAAAAGACUCGGCCGGGCUCUAUCGCUGCGAAGUGUCUGGAGAAGCGCCCUACUUCGUUACAGUUUACAAAGAAAAAGCCGUCAGCAUACACCUGCUUCCAAACAAUAAGCCCUUAGUAAAAGGACUGCAGAACGAAUAUGAAAUAGGUGAUUUACUAGACGCAAACUGUACGUCAUUUAGAUCUCGUCCAAGGACUCAAAUAAUGUGGCUAAUAAAUGACCAACUAGCACCGAAAAAAUAUACACGAGGGCCCUGGGAAAGGAUAUCACGAGAACGAACCGAUGCUCGUGAAACGACGUUGGAGUUAAGAUUCUUUUUAAUGCCGCAUCAUUUCCGUGAUAGCGUGCUGACUGUUAAGUGUCAAGCUGCUCUACCCCCAUUAUACCAAGACGAAGUAAUUCAUCACAUCCUUCGAGUAGACUCAGCGCCUGUUCCUAAUAUACCUGCUAUAGAUGCAGGAGAUAACUUUGAUGUAGCACCCCCCAUCAAUGAGAUGCCCGCGUUUAGUGAAACUACUGGCUUUCUACCAGCUGCAGAUUUGUUGAAUGAGGAACUUGUCAAAGAUAACAGCUGUGCAAGAACAAAAUUCUCAGUUUGGGCCAUUAUUCCAUUAAUAUUCAUACUGCUAAUUAUAUAAUAGUCUUUUUGUUAAUUUAUUUUAAUUAUUCCACUAACACCACUAAAGGUUGUAAAAAACUACCUUAUUGACAUUAUCAAGAGAUUCUUUUAACUGUG